UUUGUAAGGAACCUUUUUCUUUUUCCUCUGUUUUUUUUUUCCUUUUUUUCAUUUGAUUGAAGAAGCUUCAUUGCAAGAUCAUUCCCAUUCCAUCAAUCAAUGAGUCAACGACACUCUAAAAAGCAAUACUUUUUCAACCUUUGAAAAUUCCCACUACCCAAUAAAACCCCCCCACUCUCCUUCUUCCCUUCUCCAUUCACUCUGUUUUCCAAAAUCUCUUCCUCCAAUAAUGGCCGCCGCCGCCGCCACCACCGUGCAUUCCUCCACCACGACCUUCGUCGAAGCCGACCCAUCAUCAUUCCGAGCAAUAGUUCAGAAGCUAACCGGAGCACCUAACGCCCCAUCACCGUCGUUUCGUCUGCAGGAGCGGCGGCGGAGUAGCAAGAAGCUGGAGCUGGAGCUGAACGGCGGCGAUGGUUUGACAGGGAUCGGAAUUGGAAUCGAAAUGGUAUCGCCGGUGUCGACUUUGGACUUUGUAGCACGUGGGAAUCCUUGUGAAGAGGAAGAGAAGGCGAUCGCCGGAAAAGGGUUUUAUUUGCACCCAAGUCCGAUUAGCCCUCCCGGAGGAUCCCAGCCGCCUCGGCUUUUGCCCCUGUUUCCUCUUUCUUCUCCUAGGGACUGUAAUUUCAGAAACCAUUCUGUUUCUUCUUAAUUUUAUACUUCCAAUUAUUUUGCCUCUCUCUCUCUUAAAUUACAUGAAUUAAAUUACUUUAUGAAAAAAAAAAAAAAUAUUAACUUUCCUUUAAAGUUAAGACGGAUAGGCUAUGCAGACUUGUCUAGCAUUAUUGUGAGAUGUGAAGUCAAUGUCAUGUUGUAUUUGUCUAGUGACAUAUGGGCGUGAAGUCAAUGUCAUGUUGUAUUUGUCUAGUGACAUAUGGGUGAGAUGUAGAGUUGAUGUCAUUUUGUAUUUGCGUGGAGGAAUUUUGUUGAGAGACUAUGUAGCGUGAUAGAUACACUUGUAAACACUUUGGUCAUAGUGAUUGACUACCACCCAUGGAUCUAUGUGAAUUUAUUCUCUACGAAUCACAUAAA